GAGGAGGAGGAGGAAGAGGGUGUGUCUCCCUGAAAGGGGGCGUGGUCUUUCGAGACUGCUUAGCUUCUGUAGCAGUAACUUAAUAUCACCUGCUAUAGGCUGAUCGGUUCAUUCAUUCCGCGUGGCGCCUUCUCGGGAGAACUUGAAGAAACUUCCAACCCUCGGGUUUCUGUGCGCGCCUGUCUCAGAGUUACCCUCUUUCGGCGUGGGAGCUUUUUGGUUUAUUUAUUUAUGUAUUUAUUCAUGCCCCUCGCGCAGGAGGCGGCCGAAACCACGACAGGAAAAAGGAACCGGCAACUGAACCACCAGGAAAAAAUAAAAUAAAAACAAAGGGGUUUUUUGGUUGGGUUUUUUUUUUUUCAAUAUACAUAAAAAGAAAAAAAGUAUACAUCGGUAAUUUUAUUUUAUUUUAUAUAUAUUUUUGCUAAUGGCUAAAGGAGAAGGAGCAGAAAACGUUUCCUCUGCGGGGCUUUUGCAGCAAACCAUCCUAAAGCAAGAAGAACUGAUACGUUCCAAGAGAGAAAGCAAAGGAAAGUUAUCGAUAUGCAGCAAAAUUUGUUACGCCAUUGGUGGCGCACCCUACCAGAUCACUGGCUGCGCCUUGGGCUUCUUUCUGCAGAUCUACCUGCUGGAUGUGGCACAGCUGGAUCCUUUUUAUGCCUCUAUCAUCCUUUUUGUGGGCCGCGUGUGGGAUGCUGUCACUGAUCCAUUGGUGGGCUUCUUCAUCAGUAAAACGCCAUGGACUCGCUUUGGACGUUUGAUGCCAUGGGUUAUUUUCUCCACUCCCUUUGCUGUGAUCGCAUACUUCCUGAUUUGGUUUGUGCCGGACCUCUCUUGGGGGCAAAUAAUGUGGUAUCUCUUCUUCUACUGCAUUUUCCAGACCCUCGUGACGUGCUUUCACGUUCCGUACUCAGCCUUGACCAUGUUUAUUAGCAGGGAGCAGAGCGAGCGGGACUCCGCCACUGCCUACCGCAUGACAGUGGAAGUGCUGGGGAUGGUCCUGGGAACAGCCAUCCAAGGGCAGAUUGUGGGCCAAGCCAACGCUCCAUGCAUUCCAGGCCCGCUCUCGCUCAACAUCACCAACUCUUCUUCAGUGGCUAUGGAGGAGCUCAACAACACCCACGAUACCGGCUCACUCACAGGCACAAGAAAUGCCUACAUGAUCGCAGCGGGUGUCAUUGGUGGGAUAUACAUUCUUUGUGCUAUCAUCCUGUGGGCAGGCGUGCGAGAGAAAAGAGAGUCUUCUGAGUUCCAGUCAGAUGAGCCGGUUUCUUUCUUCCAAGGCCUGAAGCUAGUGAUGAACUAUGGCCCUUACAUCAAACUGAUAGCUGCCUUUCUCUUUACCUCGCUGGCCUUUAUGCUGCUGGAAGGCAACUUUGCUUUGUUCUGCACGUAUACCUUGGGAUUCCGCAAUGAGUUCCAGAACAUCCUGCUGGCCAUCAUGCUCUCUGCCACUUUGACCAUCCCCUUCUGGCAGUGGUUCCUUAUUCGCUUUGGGAAGAAAACGGCUGUCUAUAUUGGAAUCUCGUCUGCUACGCCUUUCCUCCUCUUGGUUGUAAUCCUGAAAAGUAACCUUAUCGUCACCUACAUAGUGGCUGUUGCUGCCGGGAUCAGUGUUGCUGCUGCCUUCCUUUUGCCAUGGUCCAUGUUGCCAGACGUCGUUGAUGACUUUAAACUCCAGAAUCCAGAUUCCCGUGGCCAUGAAGCGAUUUUCUUCUCUUUCUAUGUCUUCUUCACCAAAUUUGCAUCUGGCGUGUCCCUGGGGAUCUCCACCCUUAGUUUACAUGUUGCUGGAUACAAGACACGAGGUUGCUCCCAACCAGAAGAAGUUAACUUGUCAUUGAAGGUGCUGGUGUGUGCUGCUCCUAUUCUUCUGAUUAUCAUUGGUCUUCUCCUCUUCAAGUUGUACCCCAUUGAUGAGGACAGGCGGAGGAAAAACAAGAAAGCCUUGCAGGAUUUAAGAGAUGAAGAAAGCAACAGCAGCAGCACCGAGUCGGACUCGACAGAGCUUGCGAGCAUUGUUUGACACUUGUUGGCCUCCAUUUUACUGUUUACACACUGGGAUCCUUGGACAGAAAGGAGCUGACCUGGCAUCUGUCAUGGAAGCAGGCCGUAGCUCCCAUGGGGCAGUGCUCUGUGACGUCCUUCCAGACUGCAAACACUGAUACUAGUUGUGGUGCCUUGCAUGGGGUCUCUUGAGCACUGGCUGUGUGCACGCAUCGGACAGUCUUCCAAAAGCCUGCAAGCAGUGAUGUGUGCUGCCCAGCACUAAUCUAGCUGGCACAGAGUUCCGCACAAAUGUUUCCAGUACUGCAAAAUGCCUUUGGUUUUGUGUGCGUAUUUAAUUUUAUCAUGGACCCACAUGGUGCUAUUUGGUGUAUAUUACACCCAGUGACGUAACCUUGCCAAACUUGACCUUGUACUGUUUUUCUCAUGUAAAUAGGUGACUAAUGUAGAAGCCUUCUGUGGUGUUGCAGUUUUUAUAAAUAUAUAUAUAUAUAAAUAUAUAUUUGUAUAUAUGAAGAGCCUAAUUAAUAAAGAUAACUUAAUGAUGUUGUAAAUAUAAAAAUGCAAUGUUUCCUAUUUGUAUAUGUCUGCACUAAAAGAAAACUGUGGAAUAUUAAUAUUAAUUUACAUUAAAGUACAGAAAUGUUACCUGCA